AUGGCAAAUCAACUAAAAUUAGCAGUAAGGAAAUUGAAGACAAUUUACAGCGAACUUGAGUCAAUAACACUGUUUGGCACCCUGUACGAUACUACAUCUGGUAACAUCAAUGAAGUUCGAGUCCGUAUGGAGUGUCUACCUGGUAUUUCUGAGCAAUUUGAAAUAUGUCAAACCCAAAUUGAGGAACUUGAUGACGCUGUUGAGGAUGAUGAUCACAUAGCUAAACGGAUAGAGUUUAAGGAUAAACUAUACAGUGCUAAGGCGCUACUUAUGCAGUUAUUAGAUGCCCAUUUAAAUAGCACUUCAAGUAGCCCCUCAUACAGUGAGCUUACAAAAUACAAGACUGACACAACAAUGAGAUUACCACCGGUUGAUAUUCCCAAAUUUGAUGGUGACUGGCAGAAAUGGACCUCAUUUAUUGAUAGUUUUAAUGCUAUGUUUCAUCAUAAUGAAAGUCUUGCCCCUGUCCAGAAGUUUCAUUACCUCAAGAGCUGUCUUCAAGGUCAACCCAGUGAUGUUAUUCGUUCAAUACCCACCACGGGUCAAAAUUAUUUGCAAGCCUACCAAGCGCUAACUAACCGAUAUGAGAACAAAGGAGUUAUCAUUCAAUCGCACAUCCGAUCAUUACUCGACACACCAAAGGUCAGCAUUGCAUCUGCUACAAAUCUACAAAAACUACAUCAUCAUGUAAUGUCAAACGUUAAUGCACUCAAGGCACUAGAACAGCCUGUAGAAGCAUGGGAUGCAUGGUUAGUUACAUUGACUUGCUGUCGUUUGGACAGUGUCACAGUAGGCGAAUGGCAACUUCAAUACAACAAAAAGGAUUUGCCAUCGUUUAAAGCAAUUGAGGCGUUCCUGUUCAAUCGCAUUGCUGCAUAUGAAGCAGGUGACAUAAAUGUUGGAUUGACAACAGAGAAGAAGUCACUUGGCAAGUUCUCUAAUCCUAAAGUACACGAGAAGAAAGUAUUUUUUGCAAGACCAGCUGACAAAAUUAAUAAUGCAAGUAAAUGUAUUUUGUGUAGUGAAAUUCAUAGAUUGUAUCAGUGCAAAAAAUUUAAUGAUUUAUCUGUUCCUGAACGUCGUGAAGCUGUGUCAAGGAAUCGCUUAUGUUUCAAAUGCCUGUAUGCCAAUCAUCAAGCAUGGGAUUGUAAAUUUUCUAAUUGUCCUAAGUGUGGUCAAAGGCACAAUUCUAAAUUGCAUCUGGAAGAAAUUCCACAGAAAAGUACGCCUGACAAGAACGAUGCACCUGGUAUAUCUGAACAGUCAAUGUGUACCACCGAAUUUCCAACGCAAUCAAUGCAUGCUUCAGGAAACUCAGUCAUACUGGCUACUGCUGUUGUAUAUGUGAAUGAUAUAGCAGGAGUACCUCAGCCCUGUAGAGCUUUAUUAGAUUCUGGGUCACAAGUCAAUUUCAUCACUGAUGCUUGUGCUCAAUCUCUUAAUUUACCAAGAACAAAAUGUCAUCUACCCAUUGUUGGAAUUAAUUCUAUGAAGUCAAAUGUUCAAAAGCUUAAACCUGUUGUCGUGUCAUCACGUCAUAAUAAUUUUAGUACUGAAAUAAUUCUGCAUGUAAUUCCUUAUAUUUGCAAUGAAUUACCAUCCCAUCAUUUAAAAAAAGAUCAUGUGAAAAUUCCAGAAAUAGUUAAAGAUCAGUUAGCAGAUCCCGGUUAUGGAGUUCCGGGAGAAAUCAAUUUGUUACUUGGUGCAGAAGUGUUCUACACUCUAUUCAUUGGUGAUAAAAUCGAUAUUGAAAGCAAUUUAACAUUUCACAAAACUUUGCUUGGCUGGGUGCUUACUGGAAAGGUGUUUAGCAGCCAGUUUAAUCACUUUGAAACAUCUGCUUACACAUGCUUCAACGAAGAAAGUACUAAUUCUGCGUUGUCAUUACUAGUUACCAAGGCAAAUAUUCGUCGAAGCGAUGAAGAACUAGUUGAAAAGCAUUUCAAAGAUACUCACUACAGAGAUGAGUCUGGGAGAUUUGUCGUGCGACUUCCAUUCAAUGAUAAUGUUAGUCUUCUUGGUGAGUCCAGUUACAUGGCUCAGCGUCGAUUUCUUAAUUUAGAGAGGCGCUUGUGCAAGGAUAAGGACCUAGGCAUUGCUUAUCAUAAAUUCAUAGCAGAGUACUUGGACAUGAAUCAUAUGAAUUUGAUAAAUGACACAGAUCCUGGCAAGAAGACUUAUUACUUGCCACACCAUGCUGUGACGAAAGAAACUAGCAUCACUACAAAACUCAGGGUAGUUUUUGAUGGAUCCGCUCCGUCUAGUACUGGCUUGUCUUUAAAUGAUGUUCUAUAUAAAGGUCCCAAGGUCCAACCCGAUUUGUUGGCCAUUCUCUUACGAUUCAGAAUGCAUGCUGUAGUUAUGACAUCUGACAUCGUCAAAAUGUACCGGCAGAUUCUUAUUCAUCCUGAUGAUCGUGCAUUGCAGAGAAUAUGGUAUAGAAAAUGUCCUGAACAAGAGUUACAAGAGUUUGAAUUACGUACAGUUACUUAUGGUACAAAGGCUGCCUCUUUUCUGUCUACCCGGUGUCUAGUGCAAUUGGCGGUCGAAGUUAAAGAUCCAUCGUUGAAACGUGUCAUCACCAGUGAUUUCUACGUUGAUGAUUUGCUUACUGGUUGUCCUACUGUUGAUGAGUGUUACGCACGAUAUAAGGCUCUAAACGAAGUUUUAGAGAGAGCUUGCCUUCCGUUGCGCAAAUGGUGUUCGAAUUCUAAGGAACUAAUGUCACUCAUUCCCACCAAUAUGGACGAUCCGACGUAUCGUUUAUGUUUAACCGAUCAAGAUAGAAUUAGUACACUCGGGUUAUCUUGGCAACCCAACACUGAUACAUUUCAUUUUGUACUCGGUGCUUGGAAUCCACCAGCACAUAUGACAAAACGGUCCCUCCUAUCAGACAUUAAUCGUAUAUACGACCCGAUUGGGCUCAUUACUCCCGUUUUAAUUAAAGGCAAGAUAUUUUUGCAACAAUUAUGGUUGCUAAAGAUGAAUUGGGACUCAACAUUGUCAGCAGAUCUACAAGCACGUUGGGUCAGGUUCUAUUCCAGCCUUAAAUCUUUAGAUAAAUUGUCCAUCCCAAGGAAGGUCAUAUUUGAUGGCAUUGGACUAAUUACCUUACAUGGUUUCUGCGACGCUUCGCAGGAGGCAUACGGUGCAUGCAUAUACGUUCGAACUCAAAGACCUGAUGGUACUGUUUAUGUCCAGCUACUGACGUCCAAAUCCAGGGUAGCUCCUAUGAGCACAACCACCAUCCCACGACUCGAGUUGUGUGGUGCUCUUCUCUUGUCUGAGCUAGUCGUAGAAGUUAAAGCAGAAUUAUCAACAAUAAAUUUCCAGUUUAGUUUAGCUGACAUAGUAUUGUGGACCGAUUCCACGGUGGUCCUGGGAUGGAUUCAAUCAGCUGUACAACUCAAGUCCUUUGUGGCUAAUCGCAUAACUCAAAUUCUGGACAAUACUGAAAGAACAAUGUGGCGUCACGUCCCUACAUCUAGUAAUCCCGCAGAUAUCAUUACUCGAGGAAUUCAUGCAGAUGAAUUAGUCGAUCAAAAUCAUAUGUGGUGGAACGGACCAAGCUGGUUACUGGACACAGAUGAAUUAUGGCCAGUCAGAUUACUUCCUGAAGAAGACCUGCCAGAGGUGCGUCCUAUCAAAUUGGUGCUUGUAGCCACCAAUGUGGAUACAGGUUUUAUUUUAAACCGAUGUUCAAAGUGGUUAAAACUAAUUCAUGUAACUGCAUAUGUGCGUAGAUUUAUAUUCAACUGCAGGAAGAACGAUAAUAAUCAACAUCUUUGUCACACUAUUUCAUUAACUAUUCCUGAGUUAAAUGAAAGCAAGCUAUGGUGGCUACGUCGAGCCCAGGCACAAGAUUUUAACUCAGAAAUAAAAUCCUUGCAAAAGGAAAUGUGUGUCGGUCCCCGCAGCUGUCUUAAAUCGCUCAACCCAUAUCUUGAUGAUGAUAACUUGAUUAGAGUUGGAGGCAGGCUAACUUAUGCUCCAAUAUCCGAACGUCGAAAAUGUCCAAUUGUGUUGUCAUCUAAAAACUCGAUAGUUAAAAUGCUAUUUCAUCAUGAACAUAUUCAUUUGCUUCAUAUAGGUCCUCAGGGGCUUCUAGCUCACAUUCAAAGGACAUAUUGGCCCAUCAGAGGUAGGAAUUUGGCUCGACAAACUGUGCAUAAAUGUAUUACCUGUUUUCGCUCCAAGCCACAAUUGCUUCAACCUGUCAUGGCUCCAUUACCAUCAGUCAGGGUCACGCAAUGUCGGGCCUUUGAAAAUGCUGGCGUUGAUCUAUGUGGUCCCAUCAAUGUUCGUAGUGGGCUAAGGAAAAUUACGCCGCUGAAGCAUUACAUUGCUGUAUUUGUGUGCAUGGUUACGCGUGCAAUUCAUCUGGAGCUCGUGCGAGACUUAUCCUCCGAUGCAUUCAUGUCCGCUUUAUUUCGUUUUAUUUCCCGCAGAGGCCAAUGCGUUAAACUGUACAGUGACAAUGGCACGAAUUUCACAGGUACUAAGAAGGUUCUUGAUUCAUGGGCGUCCAAAUUGUUAAAUGAGACUAAUUCCAAUGAUCAGUUGUCGAAAUUAGGCAUUGAAUGGCGAUUCAUUCCUCCCGCAGCACCUAAUUUCGGUGGACUUUGGGAAUCUGCGGUAAAAUCAGCAAAACAACAUCUAGUCAAAUCCAGUAAUGGUGCUCUCUUAACCUAUGAAGAGACAA